GCGAGGGGGAUGAUGGGAAUUGCAGUUCUUCAAACCGCCUUACGUUAAGUUUUGUAGAAGCGCGUGGAAGUUGGAGUGAAAGUCCGUGUGCGUUUAACCUCACAAUUUCUCACGUUUUGCGUUUAUGAAUCUGCAAACACCUGCUGUAAUGUCCACACAGAUGUGCGAGAAACCUAUUUUGUGUGAUACAAAGUCCUCGAGCGGGAAUAUGGAUUCUGUACAUUGCUGGAAUGGAGCAAAAGGUGACCAGAUCCCCACUAGGGCUAGACCCAUGUCUGACACCUUAUCCAAACUGGCUCAACUGAUCACUUGCAUCGAGUACAAACCAAAACUACAGCGGUCUUCCUCCAUCUGCAAAGACUGCGGCCACAAAUUCUCCGACCUGAAGAGUCUUGAGCGUCACCAGAAAAGAGAGCACGCCCUGCAGAAGCUCCAUUGCUGUCAACACUGUGGCCAAAAAUUUGCUUUGCUCUCUAGUUUGCAGCUACAUAAAUGUUCUCACGUCUCGUCCAUGUGCCAGACAUGCAUGGGGAAACCUCAGAGGGGUUCUUCUUGCCCUUCCUGCGGGACUGAAUCAUCAGAAGAUCCCUUCUAUCAUGACAACAGUCCCUAUGCAUGCGCUCCAUGUGGACAAGCCUUCAGCCACAAGCAAGAGCUGCUGCACCACCAGCAGGCCGGAGGCUGUCAGCCCUCCAAGACUCUCAAACCUCCUCCGCCUUCAAAUUCCUCCUUGCCUCCAUCUCCUCCAAGCGCCAACUCAUCUCUUACCACAUGCACUUUGUGUCACAAAACGUUCCGUUCUUCUGCUGGACUUAGUUGCCACAUGCGCUUUUCCCAUGUGCACAUGAAAAGCAACACAAAGAAGAAAACAGUUGUCAUUGUAAGCACAUUGAAGAAGAGGAAUAAGAAAGUUAUCAUGUCAAGUAUGUCGUUUCCAUGCCGUUCCUGUGACAAAUCAUUUCCUAUGACAUCACUGCUUCAUCAGCACAGGAAAGAGGAACACCAGCGGGAGAUAAAGGUGAGGAAACUGCAGCGAACCUCUUUGAAGACCACCAGGCAAAGGCGGAAAGGUGAAACAUAUCCAUGCCUCCAUUGUGGAAAAGAGUUCCUGCACCAUCUGACUCGUUGGGCGCAUUUUAGACAUUGCAACUCUCACCAUCAGACCCAAUCGUCCGUUGCUGACGCAGCUGGCUUCCACCCAAAGGCAGUUAAGGAGCUCAGUCUUUCCCAAAAAAAAAGACCAAGAGGUAGACCUAGGACCAAAAAUCUACCUGUUUUGAUGGAAACCAAGCAAGAGGAAGAAGAGCAAACGGAUAAGGAGGAUGAUAGUGAUGCAGACGAGGAUGCCGAGCAUCCUUGUACGUCAUGUGACCAGGUCUUUAGCUCCAAAGCUAAGCUGCAUGUCCAUGUGAAAGUCCACGAGGAGGUCCCUGAGGAACAUGAUCAACCAGCCGACUCAUGCAGGUGUUGUAGUGUGUGUACAGGUGGGGUUCCCCUCGCUGAGAUUCCAGAAGAUUGUGAAAAGAAAGUCUAUCACUGUGUGCCGUGUGCCGAGGUGUUCAUAGCCCUGAACGCUUUUCUAGAGCACUGCCAGAAACAUCUGAUACGUGAAAAUGAAGAUGAAUUCAGUGAUGAUUGAAAGAGCUUCCAUUUUUUUUUUUAAGGAAUUGUUCACUCAAAAGAAAGAAAAAAAAUCGCAUUUUCUCACCAUCAUAUUCUAAUCGUGUUAACUGUUAUUAUUUUUUCUUACAGAACAUACUUUUUUUGUAAAGAACCAUUGCAUAUAUUUAGACAAAAAGCACCUUAAAAGUGCUUCUAAAAAAAAGUGAAUAUUCUUUACAUUUUUGUGUGUGCAUAUAGGUUUUUAUGAAUAAUUAUGGAAUAGAAGUUAUUUGGUGAACUAUUCCUUUAAAAAUGAAAUCUCUGUCAUCAUUUACUCACCCUAAUGUCGUAGAACACAAAAGACGGUCGUUUUGAAAAAUAUUGAUAACCGAAACGUUUUGAUUCCCAUUGACUUCCAUUGUAUUUUUGUCCAUUUAAUAGAAGUCAAUUUCAACUAAAACUGUUUAGUUACAAACAUUUUUCAAAAUAUCAUCUUGUAUGUUCCACAUAAACUGUCGUACAUGAUGACAGGGUUUAAAUUUUUGGGUGAACUGUACCUUUAAGGGCAGGGAAAUCAGUCUGCAGAUGUUCAAGCUAUCAGGAAUUACAUACAUCAGGCAUUUUUGGUAUAAUUUUGUACACAGGAUAACUCACUCCCGCCAAUCUGAGCCAAACUGCCAGAAAAAUAAUAGAGGCCUUUGAUAAUAUCGACAAGCCAAUUGCAUUUUGUCAGAUACGGGUACCUAAUUAAAACCACUUCAACUCAAAGCGUAGUUCUGCUUCAGGAUCAAUGUUCUUCAUACCUCUCUACAGAUGUAGAAGUCAUAUCCAUUAUGUUACUGUGAGAAGAUAUAAUGAAUUUAAUAUUUUGACACACACAUACAUUACUUCUGUUUUCUAGAUGGCCAGUGCCUUGCUGAAACACAAAACCAGCUAAAUGUAUGUGCUGCUUCUUGUCUUGUCAAGUUGGAGGAUAUAGUAUCUUAGUAUCUGCUAGAUUCGGCUACUGAAGUGUUUCGGCUUGUUUUAUUAUAAAGCAUUUUACUUGCAUUGUGAAAUUUCUGUUUGUAUUUCAUAAACUACAUGAAACAAAGUAAGCUUUAUUCUUCUAAAGCUGUAGAAUCAUUACAGAUAGUAGCAUGCCUUAUAUACAUGAUAUUUUAUGCUAUCAGACCAAAUAUUGCAAGUGUAAUUUCAUAACUUUCUUACUAGACUGGAUGAAUGAAUUAUGUGCUGAUAUGAGACCUCAGAUUAAGUGACUCGGGCAACAGAACAAGUCCAUUUUAUUGUUUAAUUUGUAUAUCAGGGGUUCUUAAUCUUCAUUGUUUCUGAUGUUUAUGUAACAUUUCUAACAUUUUUUCUUCUUAACACCAAAUAGGCUGCAGUGAUUUUUUUCAGCUGUGUUUUUUGCACUGACCAUUUUUUGUCUUUGAACACUGUAUAAUAUUCACUUUAUGACUCGCAUUGUAAAUCAUGAUUGCAAAUAUAACUAUUUUUCCCCAAAAUCUUUUAUUAUGAAAUACUGGAGGCAUUUUAAACUUAGUUCUCUACAUUACUGUCUGGGUGUGUUUACUUGCAGCUACCUCCAGUAUCACCUGCUUUGUCCCAAGAUGUGUGAUUGAUUUUUUUUUCUUUUGAAUAAUGUUUGUCAGAAAAUUUACCUCAUGUUAUGCAUUACAUUGGCAUUGUUUUCGAAUAAAUUGUUUAAAAAGGUUUGGUAGUUUUUGUUUCUCU